AUGAAUGGCAUACAUAGGCUUAUUGAUAAUAAUGGUAAAAGUAUUACGAAUCUUAAGCACUUGGAACAGGAAGUGCUGAAGUUUUAUAAAGGCUUAAUUGGUACUGCUACUCCUCAUUUGAGACAUGUUGACAUAGAGGUGUUGAGAAAAGGAAAGCAUAUCAAAGAGAGUAUUAAACAUGACUUGAUCAGGACCAUAACUGAGAAAGAAGUGAGGGAGGCUAUUAACAGCAUUGGUGACAACAAGGGUUCAGGCCUUGAUGGUUAUAAUACAAAGUUUUUCAAAAGUGCUUGGAAUAUCAUCAAAGGAGAUCUUAUGGAAGCCCUUCAAGAUUUCUUUGUUAGAAACCAAAUGUUUGCUGCUAUAGAAUGUGCUCUUGUAACUCUUAUUCCAAAAACAUCUGAUGCCAAGAGUAUAAAGGAGCUUUGGCCUAUAGCCUGUUGUAUUAUGGUCUACAAGAUUAUUUCAAAUACUUUGGCCAAAAGGCUUAGUAAAGUCAUUAAUGAAGUUGUUGAAAGUAGCCAAUAUGCUUUCCUCCCAAGAAGAGUUAUCCACGAUAAUAUUUUCAUGGCGCACGAAUUAUUGAAAGGGUAUAGCCGCAAGCACGUGUCGCCUAGAUGUGCCAUUCAAAUGGAUAUUCAAAAGGCGUACGACACGGUGGAAGUUCCAGCUUUGAAUUGUAUCUUAUGGGAAUUAAACUUCCCUAAAAAAAUUUUUGAUUGGAUUAUGAUAUGUGUCUCGACUGUUUCCUUUAGGUAUUUGAUCAAUGGCCAGAUUACUGAAUAUAUCAAUGCACGUUGUGGACUCAGACAGAGGUAUCUUGUCUCUCCACUUCUGUUUAUGAUUGUGAUGGAUUAUCUCCACAAGUGUCUGCAAAAACUAAAUCACCAGCCCAACUUCAACUACCACCCUCGGUGUGAGAAACUGAAGAAAAUUAAGAUUAGCUUUGUGGAUGAUAUGAUUGUAUUCUACAGAGGAGAUUAUGGAUCUGUUAAGUUGCUUAUGAAGGAGUUUCAUGGUUUCUCUUAG